GUUUUAUCACGCAAAGGUUUUUUAUAAAUUAGUAUUUAAACUUAUUUAAAAAUUAUAAACUUUAAUAUAUGUUAUUGAUGUUAUUAAUGAAAAAUUGCUACCAAAAUAACUAGCUGACAAAGAACUUAAUCGGAUUAACAUGCUAAAACUCGAAAAAAGCUUCGAUAUUUUUGAUAACAAUGCAAUGCAUAUAUCUCCUCGCGUUUACUCUGAUCUAUUCUAUAACUAUAGUCAAAAGUUAGUUGACACAUAUAGAAAUAAUGAAGUAGGCGAAGCAGAAUGCUUUAAACGUAAGAAGGUAACGUUUGCAGAUGAAAAAGGGAAAACAUUAUGUUAUGUAAAAUUUUUUGUUCCCGAGUCAACAACUGUUUGUUAUCGACCAAAUUACAGCCCUACGUCAAUUUUUGAAGAUAAAAUGGAAUACAAAAUUGCAUAUAACGAGACUCAACUUCAUCUUAAAAAUGUAAGUUUAUUACUAUACGGUCUUACCGCAAAUAAAAAUCUUUUUGGAGCAGUUGCUGUCAGAAACCUGGCUUUUAAAAAAGACGUUAAAAUUAGAUUAACUUUAAAUAAGUGGAAAACAUUUCAAGAUAUACCUUGUAAAUUUAUGCAGCAGGAAUUUCACGGUGAUAUCGACCGAUUUAUUUUUGUAACACAUUUACUAACUUUAGGGCACGAUAUUUCUUCUAACCAAAAAGGUAUUGAAUUUGCCGUAUGCUAUAGUGUUAACAACGAUGAAUAUUGGGAUAACAAUGCAAACCAUAACUAUAAAUUAUAAAAAUAUUGAUUAUCAAACAAAAACAAUAACGAAUAUCUUUUUAAAUAAAUAUAAAUUUUGUUUUUUGUAAAUAAGUUAAUAUAAUUUAUUUUUCAUUAUAAACUAUCUUGUUAUUCUUUCCUGAGUACUGAAAUUGUUUAAA